UGUUACACAAGAAGGGUGUGGACGAGAAAGUCGUUGUCCAGUCAAAAUCACGUUCAGAAGCGCCAGAGGGCCUCAGUCGUUCUUCGCAUGGACAAUUCGGUAGCCUGCUUGCUGUGGCUGCAUAUCGGCUUAUCGAUUUUAUCUCUUUUCAGCCACGCCCACGUCCCGUCCUAUAUAAUGCUUUCUAAUAGGGCAUACAUUAAGUUCGAAGCCCAAGAUCAUCGGUGACUAGUUUUCAAUUGUGUUUUGCUAUUUUUUUUUACUUGCAUCGAGAGCGGUGGCCGCUACAAGGAUGGCAUCUACAAUUCAAUCACAUGAGAUUAGAAACAGGUAUCGCGAACGGAUAAAACGAUUGUCGAAGUACACGAUUACCCCUUGGCCUGGGUUGGAAUCUUUGGGGAAAUUCAUCGAAAAUGGAUAUUCGUGUCAUUUCUCCACUGGCGCUUUGCAAAAGAUACUCGAAGAAGGUGCAGCUUGUAACAUCCCCCCGGAUAUAUCGAUAGUCAACAUACCUGGAGAGGGAGACCUUUCAUCAGAAUUCUCAAUUACAGAUUUGCAGAACCCACAUGAUCUCGUUGGACGGUUGCCAUCCCUGGCGGAUAAUUCUCCAUCGUCUCAAUUGAUCAUUAUUGAAAAUAUCUGCUCGGACACUCUUACCCUCUUAGGUGGGUAUUACGAUAUCGACCCGCAGUUCUUUGCACAAUACACAAAUGUUCUUUCAUGGUACCAGAUGCGUGAGAAGGUGCCAGAGAGACUGACUUCACUUCCUUCAACCAGGAAUGCAGAGGACUUCCUGUUGCUACGAUACGUGUCAACUCGGGAGCUUUACGAAGAAGAUGAUGCCAGCAUACGUGCGCGCAGUGUGAUAUGGCCGGAUAUGAAGAACACAAGACUUGGCCAUUCGGCAGGGAGAUUACAGCCAAUCACGGGGCCAGAGGACAACUUCCCUCCAAUUGCAUUUACAAGACAAUGUUUUAGUGUAUGGUGCAAGAAGAAAAUGAACUGCAACGGCUGGAUAGCGAUAAUGUUACUCGAUAGACCGUUUCAACUGAGAGGAAAGUACGGCGUCUUAGGCCCGCCGGAGUACCGCAACCCCAACCUACGACCCAACGGGGACGAUGAAUUCGACGGCGACGCGAUCCGGCAGAGUUUUAAAAAAGCAUUCUGCUCUUCCCUGAAGCAACGAUGUUUCAAAGACGAGACGUACAUCAACACAUGCGCCACAAAUACUUUUCUCGCCUUGUACGAAGGCUACAGAAUCAUUGCUUCAGAAUGGGUCGUUGUGGACGAAUACGUCAAACGCGAGCUGGCGAAUAUCGAACGCCACCUCGAAAACAAAGAACCGACAUUUCAGGAAUUAGAGCAGCACCUCAAAGAGCUCUACAGGAUCCGCAGGCGCUGCAACAAAGACCACGAACUAGUGGUAGAAGCUGCCUCGCAGUGUGAAAAACGGGGCCAGGCCUUGUGGCCUUCCGCGAAAACAACAUCACAGGGAAAUACCGGCGAUGCCACAUUCGCCGAACGAUAUGCUCAUGACCUCGAAGAGGACUUCAAGUACGUCCUUGCCAACAUGGGCAUCACCAUCUCCCGAAUCGAGAAGGAUAUCAGUCUCCUCAUGGCCCUCGUUGCUAUCAGCGAAGGGCGCCAAAGCUUGCGUGAGAACAGGGGAAUCUCGUUCCUCACGCUCGUCGCUACAAUCUUCCUGCCUUCUGAGACAGUCGCUACGGUACUGGGAAUACAGACGCAGUACGGUCCUGGCGCGAGGAAUUUCUGGAUGUUGUGGGCUGUGGCGCUGCCGCUCACGGUGCUGGUUGUGCUAAUUCCGUUUGCGUAUCCCGGGGUGAGUGGGUGGCUGAAUGGGGUAAGGGGGAAAUAUGCAAAGAAGGAAGAGAAGACGGGAUGGUGGGGGUUUGAGGAGGUGAGGGAGGAGAAUGGGAAGAGGGAUGAAGGGGUUGAGUUGGAGGAGGUUGAGGUGCUGCAAACGUCGACAAGUAGCGUGGUGUAAAGCAUGUGAAGGAGCGGUUAUGACUUGAUGAUCACGGCUACGGUUGAAUUGAUUGGCACAAAUAUAUAUGCACAAGUUGUAUCUUAAGCUGGUCAAGAAAGGAAUUUUACGCGACAGGAUACCAUUUAAUACAUUGCUGCAUCCAGCUUUUCAGCUCAGAGAGCUG